GGUGGCGCCCUCCCCGCAGGCGGACACACACAAGAUGGCGGCGGCGGCAGCGAACGGCGGCGGCGCCGGGCCGCUGUGACGGCGUUCGGGCCUGCCCACCGCCAUGUUGGUGAGGGCGGGAGCGGCGGUAAGCGGCCUGGCCGGGCUGCGCCGGUUGUGGCGGGGCGGGGGGAGCGGCGCCGCCGCCUGUUUCCCGCUGGGCCGGGCGCUGCUGGGCGUGCGGGGCGCGGACGCCGCCGUGUUCCUGCAGGGGCUGCUCACGAAUGACAUCACGCGGCUGGUGGCGGGGGACGGCCCCCCCGCCGCGGCCGUGCCCCGCGCGCUCUACGCGCAUGCGCUGAACGUCCAGGGCCGCUGCCUGUAUGACCUCAUCCUCUACAGGCUUCACGAGAGCCCGGGAGAAGAGCCGCAUAUCCUGCUGGAGUGUGACGGCGGCGUGCUGGACGCCAUACAGAAACAUCUGAAACUGUACAAGAUCCGGAGGAAAGUAAACAUCGCCCCUUGCCUUGACCUCUCUUUGUGGGCUGUUGUCCCUGGGGAGCCGGCUGGAGACAUCGCCGCUUCCAUCGCUAAAUGUGGAGACCAGGCUGUGGUUUUAACUCCUGACCCCAGGACAGAAGUCAUGGGCUGGAGGCUGAUUACAAAGAAAGGAGCAAAUCUAUCAGAGAUUAUUCCCGGGAGUCAUAUUGGGAAUAUUCAGGAUUACCACACGCACAGGUAUAAACAAGGAAUUCCCGAAGGUGUGAAGGAUCUCCCUCCCGGAGUCGCCCUCCCGCUGGAAUCAAACCUCACCUACAUGAACGGCAUCAGCUUUACCAAAGGCUGUUACGUGGGACAGGAGCUGACAGCCCGGACCCACCACGUGGGUGUCAUUCGCAAACGUUUGCUGCCGGUUCGCUGCGUCCCUCUCCCUGGGGACAACGUUCCCGAGGGUGCCGAGAUCUUCACCGAAUCGGGAAAAUCCGCCGGCAAGUUCCGGGCUGGAGGAGGGGAAUUUGGGAUAGCUUUGCUGAGGUUAGCGAAUAUAAACGAAGCACUUUACCUAAAUAUAGCGGGUGAUAAAGUGAAGCUCACUGCGAGUAAACCCGAGUGGUGGCCAAAAAACGCCGGUAAAUAAAUGAGGAACCACCCCUCGCGCAUUUGCCUUAUCAAGAAUAUAUUUCGUGUGGUAAAUUUGGGAAGGCGACUCUGCCUUCAGCUGUUUGCGGUGGUUGAUUUUUUGGUGGGGGGGUUACAGGAUUCUUCAAAUCAGGAUUGAACAGCAGGAACCCAAAGCAGCGGCGGGUCGCUGAGGACGGGACGAUGACCUCGUAGGACGCAUAAGGAGGCGCAAACUUUCCUGAGGGCGCCCUGUAUUUAUUUAGGGGGUGCCUCGUAUUUAUUUAGGGGGUGCCCCAUGCUGUUGGGUUGGAUUUCUGCUGAAUUUUCAGUCCAAAUCAACCUGUGCUCUGCGUGGGGUGUGCUGUGUGCCCGGAGCGAGCGAUGGGAACUGGAGUUUCCCCAUUGUCUGCACUGAAUGUUUAUGUUUGGAAUAACCAUUCUGUGGUAUUAAAUAUAUAUAUGUAAUUUUUUUUAAUGGAGAGCACGCCGCUCUUACCUUGCAUAAGAUAUGUACUCAGGGUAAAGCGUUCACUGCGAAUUACUCCUUGCGUUGAGCUGCUUGUCGACCUUGCUGAUCAGAUGGGCGUUUUAUCCCACCACUCGAACUGCUAAUUGUGUUCAGGAAGAGGAAAAUCUCGCACUCAACGUUGCAGACCUGGAUUUUAAUAAGUCAUUCCUGCUGGGAAAGCUCUCAGACAUCCCGGUCUCCUUUUUCAGUGCCUUCCUUUGCCGCUCCUGAGCUUGAUCACAUGCACUUCCUUCACCCAAACAACUAUUUCGGAGAGGAAAGUGAUGUUUUACAGAAAUAAGGUGCGGUGGUGCGUGCCCUGGGGUGACUAUUGUAUUGGUGUACUGGUGCUUGGAGGAGUAAUCUCUUACUAGAAACACGAGCCCUCUAGUUGCCAACAGCAAUUGAAGGGUGGUGUUUUGUUUUUGGCAUCAACACCUUUGCUCUGUCAGCUUGUAGAAAAAUCCUCCGCACUUUCACGAAGCCUUUGGCAAGGUUUUUCCUCACUCCCUCCUAGUUGAAGGGACAGCGUGUCCCCAUCUCAGACCUUUACUCCUUCCCCUGGAAAAGGGGUUAAUGCCACACGUGCUCUGGGCUUCAUCUGCUCUUCACCAGGGAGGAUUUUCACCACAUUUGCUUCUUGCUUGUUUCGAGAGCUCUGUACCCCUGGUACCCAAACCCAUCCCUGCUGCCGCUGAGCUUUUCUCCAUCCACCGUCCUCUGGGGGUUUUCAGAGCAGUGUUUCUUUGCUGCAUUUUUCUGCCUCUCGCUGCCUUUUUACCGUUGUGCUUUUUCUGAUUUCCGCAGUCAAUAACUCCUCUUUGCUUCCCCAAGGCCUCCUCGCCCUGCCGACCUGCAGUUAUGUACAGGAGCCCUGUGUAAUUUUGUGUUAUAAUAAAACCAUUACACGUGUGUGCAGAAGGACGUGAUGAGCUGGUGAGAUCCCAUCCUUACCAAAAAAAAAAACCCAAAAAAGCCACUUGCAUGUGUAUUUGUAACAAAAACCGUCCAAAGCGCAUUCUGCCAAAUGUUUCAGCGCCACUGUGAAGGGAAUUGGUGAAAAAUGCUCGUGUUGGUUAAAACUCUAUGCUUGCUGUGAAAUGAAUCUGUGAAAUAUAUUAAAAAGUUUAUUGUAUCUGUAAUUUAAAUGUGGCAGAGAGCUUUUUGGGGUCGUUUGCUGACAAGAAACACGUCUUGCACUGUCCAUCACCUCUUUGUCAGGUUUACGAUCAUUAACAAAUUUCUACUGGAACAAAAAUAAAUGAAACCGUAGCGUUUUGCCCUUCCUGGA